CAGUCCAGGGCACGCGGGGCGUCGCGGGGACCCGACAGGGAGUGCAGGAGGGCGCGCGCAGCGGCGGAGCGGGUUCUGCGGCGCGGGAGCUGCGAGCGCCCCCUUCCCGGAGGUCUCGGCGCGACUCCCGGGUGAAGCUACUCCUGGCUGGCUUUAGGAUUCUUACUUCUGGAUUUUAAAGUCUUCUUUUUAAAAGAUAAAUAAAUAAAUAAAGACAUCGGACGGAUAAAAGAUGUGCCAUGGCAGGAUAGCACCAAAGAGCAACUCAGCGUUUAUUGUGCCCUCUGUGGGGCAUGGAGUGUUUCUUCAACUGGUGUUCCUUAGCACCCUGCUUGGCGAUGGAUUAGCCUCUGUGUGUCCUCUGCCUCCAGAGCCAGAAAAUGGUGGCUACAUUUGCCACCCCCGGCCCUGCAAAGAUCCCUUGACAGCAGGCAGUGUCAUCGAGUACCUCUGUGCGGAAGGCUACAUGUUGAAGGGCGACUACAAAUACCUGACCUGCAAGGAUGGCGAGUGGAAGCCAGCCAUGGAGGUCAGCUGUCAUCUCAAUGAAGACAAAGAAACUCACGCGUCGCUCGGGGUCCCCACGCUGUCCAUAGUGGCUUCCACUGCCAGCUCUGUGGCACUCAUUCUUCUCCUCGUGGUGCUGUUUGUGCUGCUGCAGCCAAAGCUAAAGUCUUUCCAUCAUAGCAGGCGUGACCAAGGGGUUUCUGGGGACCAAGUCUCCAUCAUGGUUGAUGGGGUCCAGGUUGCGCUACCUUCAUACGAAGAAGCUGUAUAUGGCAGUUCUGGUCAUUGCAUGCCACCGGCUGACCCCAGAGUACAGAUCGUUCUGUCGGAAGGGUCUGCACCUAGUGGGAGGAACAUGCCAAGGGAGCAGCAGCUGCAGGGCCAGGGGGCCUGCUCCUCUGUGGGUGGAGAGGACGAGGCCCCGGGCCAUUCUGGGCUGUGUGAAGCCUGGGGUUCCCAGGGCUCAGAGACUGUGAUGGUGCACCAAGCAACCACGUCUUCCUGGGUGGCCGGCUCAGCGAGCAGCCGGCCACCACACAAAGACACUGCAGAUUCGGAGAACAGUGACAUACAAAGCCUUUUAUCCCUCACAUCAGAGGAGUACACAGAUGAUAUCCCACUGCUGAAAGAAGCAUGAGGGCUGCCGUGGGCCCCUCCUCUCUGCCCGUCCUCUCUCCUCCUGUGGGUUUGAGUACCAUGUCCUCUCCAGUUGUCCCACCUGGAUGCCUGAGCUGCCACCUGUGUAUCUGUGUGUACCUGAGGGCCUACAGGCCACCCCGCUGGAUACUCAAGGAAGAUUCUCACCGUCUGCCCACUGAGCAGCUGGAGGACCUGGCUCUUUGCCUGGCCCAGCCUUCCCAUCUGUCAGGGACAUGUCUGAAUGUGCUGGAUUGAACCCUCCCUUUCCCGAGCCACUGGGUCCCUUCCAGCCAGCUCUCUGGUGGCAGCCACAGCCAUGAGGGCCUGAGCACUGCUGUGUUUACUUGUGCCUUCCCCACCCUGUCCCGUUCCCCGUAUGCAGGUGGGUUGCUGUCCGCAGGCCUUAGUGGUGAUUGCCACCUGUACACGGGCUGGGACUGGGGCUGCAGAAACGGAUUGACCAGUAAGGCCCUUAAAGCAGGAGUGAGUGACUCUUAUUGGGGCCAGAAUGUGGGUCCCUGAGCUUGCCCUGUGUGUAGACACUGAUGGCAUCUUCCUUAACUGAGGGUAGGUUUGGGAAGUCAUAUCAAACCUGCCCAGCACUCAGCCGUCCAGCUUGGGUGCAGGUUCCUGGCUCUUUUGAGUUUCCAGGAAGCACCCAGAAGACCUGUGGGAGGGAAGAAGGUUGUCGGAUAAUGAUUGUCUUCCUAAUAUGCAAGUUCUUACUUCCUGCUUCCAGCAUUGGCUGCCUUGGCCUUGGUUUCUGUUCCUGGGUAAGGGGAAGUUGCAUGCUGUCUCCUGGACUUUGUCCUAGGUAGCUCUGGCUUCCUUGCAGCCCACAGAACCCCGAGAUUUGCUGAGAUGCCAACAAAAGCUCAUCUGGGUUUUGGCAGUCUGGGCAAGUUGCCCAUUUCUAGGUUUGUGGUGAUGGAGGGGAGGUUGAGAGGUAUAGACCAAGUCCCCUGUGGCUGCAGGCAGCUGGGGCGAGGUCCCAAGGAUCCUCCUCACCACAGUCAUGUGCCUUAGUGACUAUGCCCAGAAAGUGGCCUGCUGUGUCGCUGCCUCCCUCCUCUGCUCUCUUCUCCAGGCCUUCCACUUGUCGUUGCUGACAAGCCACUCUAUCCUUCCUGCAGAGCUAAGAAAUGAUUCCCAGCACUCCUGGCUUCACCAGCUGGUGUGGUUGGUGGGUACCCAGAAGCCUGACUUGAAGGCCCUGGGAGCGUGAAAGUGCUAGCAUUGAAGGGGUAUUCUGGGCAUUGUGCUGGACCUCCCGUGGCACCGAAUGUGGUGUUAAGGAAUGUGUGCUUCUCUCUCUCUCUCUCUCUCUCUCUCUCUCUCUCUCUCUCUCUCUCUCUCUCUCUCUCUCUCUCUCAUUCUUUGCCUCAAGGCUGGGGACACGUCAGCCAAUCCUGGACUACACCUAUGAUGUUUCUCCCUGAGCCUUUCUGGGGUGGUAAAAAUAAUAAAAACCCCAGUGUAUUUAUAGUUCCUGACCUAUCAGGGUUAGUUAGCUCCAGGCAUCAGUGGCCUCAGAUAGGGGAAUGGCGUCCUCUCACUCACUGCCUCCACUUACAAUGCACUUUAGUCCCUGUCAUGCCUGGCUUCCUGCCACCCUGUCUUCUUUCCUCUCAGGGUAAGGGCAGUGCCUGCUUCCCUGUUGGCCACUCCCACAUCCUCCACCCAAGAGGCCAGUCUAUUGUGUCCAGUGUCCAGGCAGGUGUGGUUGGCUAGGAAUGACUGGAGAAGGUGCUAGAACAAGACUAAAGUCCAAUGGAAGACAGUAUACACUCUUAGCAGUUGCUGUCAUACACCACCUGGGGGGUGGGUUCCGAGGCGCCAAGCUACCGCUCAGUGACUCCCCUUUAUCCUUAGUGGUGCCCGCACUCCUCGAGAGAAGGGAGGCAGGGGGGCAGGAGUCUGCUGAAGGAGCCUUCUGCUUACUGCUCCUCGAAAAAUCUUAAUUCUGCUCUGGGAGUUUUUAAGAGAAAAAUGGAAGGUCCUUCCUUUUACUGGGUCUUUACUCUGGGUUUUUGCCCCUUAACAGAUUGCACUUUUUGUUUUGGAGUUAUUUAGCCACAAGGUGACUGGCUUGACCCUUGGGUAAAAAGAACCUCCUGGUGCCUCCUUCCCUCUCCCCAUCCAUUAACCUUCUCUCUGGGGAUCACAAGACCAGGCUCAUCUAACUGGAGGACAAAAGGAUCAUGUUCCCCAUCAUCCAGUCACUAGUUUUGAUGUCUGUUCUGUGGAGUUUCCCACCUACUGUUGCUGGCAUCUGUGACUUCUUCCUGUGUUUUUCUUCUAAAGCAAUUUCUUACUAUCAGCCAUAUACUGUGGCUUUGGGGACAUCUGGACUUUGUCCCUUACAGAGGGACUGUGGCACUUAAUUGCCUUGAGGUGGAGCCUAGAUAGAAACAGGGUCAGUGGCAGGUGCCAGACUGUUGGGCAGAAAGAUGCUUAGAGCGGGUGGGAAGGAGCUGUGCAGCCCACUGUGCUGGGCUCACCUCCAGGGGCGUCCUGCAGACUGGUCCAGAAGAGGCCAUCAUCACCAAAGGACUUUACACAGAGUUUUGGGUUGUUUGUUUGGGUUUGGGAGAUGCUUUUGCUUUUUCAUACUUGUGCUGACUCAAUGCAGGUUUUAUAUCCUGGUGACAGUCUUAUCAGUUUUCAAGGGCCAGAAUGGUAAAAUAAAUAAAAUAGAAAAUUCCGUCCCUCCUUGCCUUAAUUUAACAGGUAGGCUUUCUCUGCCCAGCUCUGUAUUUCGUUCCUGUAUUCCUGUUCCCUGGGUGAGAACUGUGAGAUGGGUGGAGUCCUGGCCAUGCUGUAGAUUUGUUUGCUGAAGGCAUUUCAAUGUACAUUCUACAAGCACUCCAUUUAAAGUCUUCCCCAUUCAUCUUGCCCUCCUCCCCCACCCCCAGCUUUAUAGUAUGUAGAGAAGCCAGGCUAUAAGACAAAGGUAUACUUUUCCUGCUUUGUGAGUGGCUGAAUGGGGAUAGAUGGCGCCUUUUUCUUCCCAAUCCCAUCAGAGCUCCUGAAACACUUGGCUUCCUACAUAACAAUGUCUCCUCUGUUUCUGAGGAACAUUCCAGAAUAGAAAAUGGAAUAUGCUGCAGACAUUUCUAGAUCCUUGCUCCCUUCCUCAUCCUUAAAGAGCAAAGAGGACCUAGAAGGGACAUGUAGCAUGCCUACUACACAGCUUAAUUCCAGGUGUGCCUGUGCCUGGGCAAUGUGGCUGGGUAGCAUGCCUACUACACAGCUUAAUUCCAGGUGUGCCUGUGCCUGGCAAUGUGGCUGGGUAGCAUGCCUACUACACAGCUUAAUUCCAGGUGUGCCUGUGCCUGGCAGUGUGGCUGGAGCCUCCUCUUGUGGGUCCUGCUGGGUCUUCUGCAGCCUUCAGAGAAUAUUUUCUUGGCAGAUGCUUAGGCAGAGAGAUGUGGUAGCUGGUUCUCUGGAAAGCCGAAAGUGGUGGGGCCAGUUUUUCUGAGAUGUGACUUCUUUCCAGCUGAAAACCUAGUAGAGUUUUGAGCAAAGAGCCCCUCCCCCCAAAAUAAAAACCUCUUCCAAUAACAGAGCUCACCAUGGGGCAUCUGGGGAUAGAGCAUUUAGAUUGCCAAGUAGGGAGAGGAAAUGACUGUGGGCUGCAUGGCUGUAUGCACACUGGCCUGGCUUCUUAAGGUUGCGCACCACUAUGGGAUCCUUUGCAGAAUGGUACUCAUACAAUGGUUUAAAACAACACACGCAUAAUUGACUGUGCAGGAUGUCAACCAAUCUGGGUUUGCUUUAUUUUAUUUUUUAUAUAUAUUUUUUGGUAUCCUGUACAUUGCAGUGGGUAUGAAGAUAGUAUUUUAAUAUUUGUACAAAGUUUAAUUUAAUUUUAAUUGUUCUAUGUAUAUAACUGCAUUUCUAAAUAAUAAUAAAAGUUCUUAUGAAGGCA